AUGGCCGGCGAUGGAGGCGGCGACGGUGGAGAGCGCAAUACGGACGCACUGGAGGGCGUGCGCGCCAUCCUGUUUAAGCCGUCCGAUUCCCUCGACGACUCGCUGUCCACGAGGAUCGCCGGCGCCAACUUCAACGACGCCGGCCUCGGCCUAGCCGGGCUGCUCGCCUCGCUCGCCUCCACUGGAUUCCAGGCGUCUCAUCUCGGCGACGCCAUAGACGUCGUCAACCAGAUGUUGGAUUGGAGGUUGUCUCACGAGAAGCCAAGUGAGGGCUGUGAUGAAGCUGAGCUUCACCCCAGACACAAAGAAUCUGUCAAGUGCAAGAUAUUUCUUGGUUUCACUUCAAACCUCGUGUCUUCUGGCAUACGGGAUGUCAUCCGGUUUCUAGUUCAGCAUCACAUGGUGGAUGUUAUUGUUACGACUGCCGGUGGAAUAGAGGAAGAUCUCAUAAAAUGCCUUGCACCGACGUACCGAGGUGAUUUUUCUCUACCCGGAACAAUGCUGCGCUCAAAAGGACUGAACCGGAUAGGAAAUCUGUUGAUGCCCAACGAUAACUAUUGCAAGUUUGAAAAAUGGAUCGUGCCACUCCUUGAUCAGAUGCACCUGGAACAAUCUACCAAGAAUGUUUGGACACCAUCAAAGGUGAUUGCUCGCCUCGGCAAAGAAAUAAAUGACGAAAGCUCCUACCUAUACUGGGCACACAAGAACAAUAUUCCUGUAUACUGCCCAGCAUUGGCUGAUGGAUCAAUCGGAGAUAUGUUGUUUUGCCAUGCAGUUCGCAAUCCUGGUCUUAUUAUUGACAUUGUGCAAGAUGUAAGGCUGAUGAAUGGUGAAGCAAUUAAUGCAACCCCAAGGAAGACAGGGGCUAUAAUUCUUGGUGGAGGCCUUCCAAAGCAUCAUAUAUGCAAUGCCAAUAUGCUCCGCAAUGGUGCAGAUUAUGCAGUCUACAUCAACACAGCUCAAGAGUUUGAUGGCAGUGACUCAGGAGCACAUCCGGAUGAAGCUGUUUCAUGGGGAAAGAUCAAUGGUUCAGCCAAACCUGUAAAGGUCCAUUGUGAAGCGGCGAUUGCUUUCCCCUUACUCGUUGCCGCAACAUUUGCACGUAGGUUUCAUGGCGCAAAUUGA